GGCACUGGGCACAACCCUGUUCUCUUUGAACCCAGCUACCUGCUUUCUCUCUCCAGCAGCCUCAUUGCUGGAGAAAGACACAUCUGUUACACCAGCUUUCUGUAGGAGUAUGAUUUUCAAAAAGGUACAAGAUCUCUCCAAGACCCCCUUCUAAGCUCCUCCUCAGACUCCCUAUUGUCAGCGCAGGCCUCACCUGUGAAGCAUCCUGAUGCUUUGAGAAAUGGAAGCUAUCCAGUGAAGACAUGCUGCUGGUCCAUCAUCCCAAUGCUUCUUGCCUUCACACUUCACUUGAAACUGAUUUUCCCUCAGAUCUCUGGCAAAUCCCACUCCUGGGCUUUGCCCCUUCGAUUACCCCCUUCCCUCUUGUUUUACUAACCUCCCCAGUUAUUUCACCUUUCCCAGCAGUUUCAAACAUCAAGCUGGGUGAUGCCUGGAAAGUCUUAGUCUUCUCAACUCCCUUGGGGUAAAUGGAGGCAGGGAGGUACUUUGAAGCUGAUACCAAGAAGCUGCACAUGGGAGAGUCUUAGCAUCUGAGAGGUGUGGGCCUUAGUUUCAGGCUGCCUUCCAGAAUCAGCACCACUCGUCAGCUUUGUUACUGCUCAGCAGCUUCUGUAAUCUCUCUGAGCCUCACUCUCCUUUCCUGUAAAGUGGGGACAGUAAUAAUCAUUGGCUUUGAGAUGCCGUGGGCUCCUGUCUCCAGGGUGGGACCUGCCUCAAAUUCUCUCUCCAGGCUCUGCAGCUGGGCACUGCUCCGGGUCCUCAACUGCCUUUUCCUGAACGUGCAGCUCCACAAAGGCCAAGUGAAGAUGGUCCACAAGGCUGCCCAGGCAGGCUCGCCGAUUGUCCUCCUCUCUACCCACAAAUCACUCCUGGAUGGGAUCCUGCUGCCCUUUGUGCUGCUCUCCCAGGGCCUGGGUGUGCUCCGUGUGGCUUGGGACCCCCGGGCCUGCUCCCCUACCCUCAGAGCUUUGCUGAGGAAACUUGGGGGGCUUUUUCUGCCCCCAGAGGCCAACUUCUCCCUGGACAGUUCUGAGGGAGUCUUGGCAAGAGCUGUGGUUCGUGCGGCUUUGGAGCAGCUACUGGUCAGCAGGCAGCCUCUGCUCAUCUUCCUGGAGGAAAUGCCUGGGAUCCAGGGGCCGAGGCUGUCAGCCCUGGGCCAAGCAUGGCUAGGACUGGUGGUACAAGCAGUCCAGGGGGGCAUUGUUCCAGAUGUUAUGCUGGUGCCAGCAGCUGUCACCUAUGACCUGGUUCCAGAUGCAUCUCGUGAAGUACACGCCUUCGUCCCUCUGGGGCUGUGGACAGGAGCUCUGGCUGUCCUGCGGAGCCUGCGAGUGUGGGGUUCCAGGCGUAGGAUCUGUGCCCGAGUGCACCUGGCUCAGCCCUUCUCCCUGAAGGAAUACACCAUCAACGCCAGAAGCUGCUGGGGCAGCAGGCAGACCCUGGAGCAGCUGCUGCAGCCCAUUGUGUUGGGCCAAUGUACUGUUGUCCCAGACACAGAAAAGGAACAGGAGUGGACCCCAGUAACUGGGCCCCUUCUGGCCCUCAAGGCAGAGGACCAGCUCCUGGUCAGAAGGCUGAGCCGUCAUGUCCUGAAUGCCAGCGUCAUGAGCUCGGCAGUGAUGAGCACAGCCAUCAUGGCAACACUGCUGCUGUUCAAGCACCAGAAGGGCGUGUUCCUGUCGCAGCUCCUGGGGGAGUUUUCAUGGCUGACAGAGGAGACACUGCUCCGUGGUUUUGACGUGGGCUUCUCCGGGCAGCUGCGUUGCCUGGUGCAGCACACACUGAGCCUGUUGCGAGCACACGUGGCCCUGCUACGUGUCCACCAGGGCGACUUGGUGGUGGUUCCAAGGCAUGGCCCAGGCCUCACACAGCUGGCGCAUCUGAGUGCUGAGCUGCUGCCCGCCUUCCUGAGUGAGGCGGUGGGUGCCUGUGCUGUGCGAGGGCUGCUGGCAGGCAGAGUGCCGCCUGAGGGGCCCUGGGAGCUGCAGGGCAUCGAGCUGCUGAGCCAGAAUGAGCUGUACCGUCAGAUCCUGCUGUUGCUGCACUUGCUGCCUCAGGACCUGCUGCUGCUGCAGCCCUGCCAGUCUUCCUACUGCUACUGUCAAGAGGUGCUAGACCGUCUUAUCCAGUGUGGGCUCCUGGUUGCUGAGGAGACCCCAGGCUCCCGGCCAGCCUGUGACACAGGGCGACAGCGUUUGAGUGCAAAGCUGCUGUGGAAACCGAGUGGGGAUUUUACUGAUAGUGACAGUGAUGAUUUCGAGGAGGCUGAGGGCCGCUAUUUCAGGCUUAGUCAGCAGUCUCGCUGCCCCGACUUCUUCCUCUUCCUCUGCCGCCUGCUCAGCCCACUGCUCAAGGCCUUUGCCAAGGCUGCCGCCUUCCUCCACGAGGGACAGCUCCCUGACACAGAGUCGGGCUACGUGGAGCAACUGUUCCAGUUCCUGCAGACCACUGCCCAGGAAGAAGGGUCCUUUGAGUGUGCAGACCCAAAUCUUGCCAUCAGUGCUGUCUGGACCUUUAGAGACCUAGGGGUACUGCAGCAGAAGCCCAGCCCUGCAGGCCCUGUGCUGCAUCUGUCUCCUACAUUUGCCACCCGAGAGAAUCAGGAAAAGCUGGAGCAGUUCAUCUGCCAGUUCAUUUGUAACUAGAAAUGUGAGGUGGCACCCUGCUGAAGACUUCUCAGCCACAGACUGGAGCUGGGACACUGGAGGAUGUUGACUAUAAAAUCUGUAAGGUUUUGAUCAUCUCUUGUUUCUCCAUUUUUUGGUGUGAUAAAUGAGAGGACUGGUUGGGCCCUCUUUUCCCAAGCCCAGCAGUUUUGAGGGGAGGGUAUACGCAUGUG